AUGUCGCAGGUGCAGAGCGACUUUAAUGUCAGAGUUGCCAAGAAUAACGACGCUAUACGAUACUCGGUUCUCAAUUUCAAUGGGCUUGAUAAAGUGGAUACGGGAAAAUGGACGGUUGAGAGUCAGGUGACGAUGGAGCGAGAAGACAACCGGAAUGUGGUGAUGGCGUCGCAAGCGGUUCAGGAAUACGGCGAAGGUUCCGAGUACGGAAAAGCGGCUAGGGAGGAGGCCCGACGGAAGAAGUAUGGUCGGCAAUCGAAGAGCUACCACCUCGAUAAUCAGCCGUGGAAGUUGUCGUUUACAGAGCAAGACGGUAGACAUCGACGAAUGCGCGGAAUUCGUGAAGGCGGCGCCGUUGAGCAUGCCGAUUAUUGGGUUUUUCUGAAACCAUCGCAAUCGAGCGAGUUUCAAGCUUAUAAGGUUGAUGAAUGGCACAAAUUCCUGCCGGCGAUCACCCAUCGCACGUUAGACAUUGAUCAAGCUGAGGAGAAAUUCUUACAGCGAAACAAAGUUAUGAAUCAAUUUGCGUUGAAAGCCGCCAUACAGAAUCAAUUGAAUGCCGCCGAAGACGAAGAAGGCGUCGAUCGGCUUGACAAAUCGCUGAAAAUUCGUGAUGAAGCCAGCUCGGACGAAUCGGACGACGAACGCGACGACGGCGAUGAUGAUGGUGAGAAGAAGAAGCGCAAGAAGAAGAAGGGAGAGGCGAAGCCGAAGAAGGACAAGAGGCAGCGGGUCGAGAAUCCCGAUGAAGUUGCUAAAUACGAAUCUUCUGAUGGCGAAGAUGAGGGUAGGGAAUAUGAUUAUAUUUCGGACAGUGGAUCCGAUUCAGACCGUGAAACGGUGCCGUCCGACGAGAAAAUCGAGAAGCAAUUGGUCGGCGUCGCCGAGGAAGAAGGAGCUCGAAUUCCGAAUGGAUUGGAUUCGGAUGAGAGCGACUCGGAUGAAGAUUUUACUAAAAAAUUGCUUAAAAAUGAUGAUGAGAAGAAGAAAAAGAGCGAUUUGCUUGAUAUCGAGGAGCGCGAUUCGUCGGGAUCGGAUUCCGAUGAUCCGGAUACGGAUAAAAUCGAUUCGGUCGUCUUUUUGCCGAAGAAGGAGGAGCCGAAAGAGGAGCCGAUGCCGAUGGCCAACGACAAUUCGGGAGCCAAGAAGCGGCCGGCGCCGGAGAGCUCGAAAGAGGAUGAGCUGAAGCCGUCGGAUCCGAAAAAAGCGAAAACCGCGGAGAAAUUUGUGGAAGGCCUCAACGAGGAGACGGUUCGACGGUAUUUGCGCCGAAAGCCGCACACCACCAAAGAGCUCUUGCAUAAAAUGAAAGGGAAAUGCGGCGAGAUGAGCAAAUCGGAAGUGGUGACGCGCCUCGCCGCCAUCCUUCGAGCCAUCGAUCCGCAUCAAUUCAAGCAGAUUCAAGGAAAGAAGGAGGUGUUGUUCUUCUCGCUUACAAACACCGUUGCCUGA